AUGGCCUCUAGUUGUGACGACACCCCUGAUCCAGGGUUCCGGGUUGUCUCAUUGCCAUCAGAUUCGACGCUCCAUUCUACAGCGGAGUCAAGCUCCAUAUUCGAAAGUCAAGUUCUCGCGGAUUCGGCAAGCGGAAAUACGACCCCUUCAGCUUCACCAGAGAAAUCCGGCAAGAUGACGGACUUCGUAGCGGAAAAUGACACAACACACAUGCAGAAAGUCGAAGAAGAUGCUUCUCAGAAUGACAGCAACAUCCCCAGUGGCAGCGACGCCAGUGAUGCUGAGAUCGGUGAUGGUGAAAAUAGUGAUGUUGAAAACAGUAACAGCACUCGAAGCGGCUCUAUGGCUGCGAAUCGUCAUAUGAGACGGAGGCUGCGCCAGAUCGGUCGGAACUGGCGAUCGCGGGACUGGUUUCUACCUCGUAUGAAUCCUGGCCGACCAAUUAUGACACGGGAUCAGACCAACGUCAAGACAUUGAACGACCAUUUGAACAUGAUGAGAUGGAUAUCAGAUAUCUUCGAAGAUGCCCCCUACAAUGCGCCAUCGGAUUUCAGUGAGGAUGCAGGAAGAACGAAAUGCUCCGUGGGGUUGAAGGCCCUCAGCUGGGGUAACUGGCUCCCGCCACCACCGCAACCAGUGGGAAUGCCACCGGCUGCGGCCCCGAUCUCAGGUCAACUUGCAGCAUUUGCUAUUGCAUACUUGAAUGAAGAAAUUCCAACAAUUUUCCAGCGCAACUACACACCCUCCUCUGUCAAGGCAUCACAGUCCACGCGCCCAUUGGGUGUUGAGCACCUUCCGUCGCGUGUUCGCAUCCAUUCGUUGGCAAUCAGACGUUUUCUUGGGCAUGUAACGGAUGGGAAGCUUAUAGCCGACGGUAGAAAUGUCUACAUGUCGCUUUAUCGACCCUACAAACUGCUUGUACAUGUCGAAGAAGCAAUCCGAGAACAUCUUUCAACGCUGGGAAAUCUCUGCUCGGAAGCCAAGAAGGCAAAGGAAGGUCCAGAUUUGAGCAGCAAGGAAGGCGAGAAAGACUCCAGAAUCGAGGAUCCAAGCUUAAAUCAAGGCUCAAGCAAUGAAGAAGAUCUUGGUCGUACCGUACAAGAUAGCACUGAGACAAAGAUGUACACCGACAUAGACGAACUCGACGUGGAUGCAGAGUUUCCUCCGCCAACCUUUGCAGGGCGGUCAGAUUUGGAAGAUCACCAGCUGUUCAACGGCGACAACUGGGAACGACACAGCAAAGAAGAAUUGGAAGAGGCAUACAGAGACUUCAGUGCUCUUGUCAAUUUCAUAGACAAGUUCAUCUCUCCUCUUCGCAAGGCUCUACGAGAAGUCGACGACAUGCCUGUACACUUCAAUGAGCUAUGGCAUCUCUACACUCCUGGAAACAUGGUUUAUGUCAAAGACCCCAGUGUACCCCAGAAGCUGUGGCGUGUCAUUCAGGGAACUGGAGGGGCUUGGUCACCGCUGCAACGAAACACCCCUGACGCCCACCUCGAUUACUUAAGACUGGGCGGUGUAUUCGGCGGCACUAGAGUCAUUCCUUUUACACUCGACUGCUACUACGUGGACUUCAACGGAACUCACUUCGUUCGGGUGGUCAAAAAAUUUGACAUUGAAGCAUUCAAGGAUCCAACGAGCAUCAAGAGUCUUCCCAUACUACCUCUCCGCGUGGCCGAGAAGGAAGGCUUGGUGAGAACUGAGCACAUUUACCAAAGAGCAUCUGCAUUCAUUUUCUUCACUCAAUUCCGAUACUGCUACUACAGAGGGCGCAGCAUCACUCACGAACCUGAAGGGGGCUUACUUCAGAGACCGGGGGAAGGGACAGGAGGUUCCGUCGCCGUCGUUUCUGAGAGCAUUGAAAGUCCGGUUGUAGUUGACUUCGGGCGUUGUUUUCAAGCGAUGCCUAACUGGAAACCAUGCAGAACGCAUCGAGAGCUUUCUGUGCCGUACAGGGACGCAGGGAGUCCUGGUCCAGCCAUAGAUGAUGAUCGCGUAUGGGAUUUGCGAAUGGCGGAGAAGGUUCUCAACUACACAGAUCAAUCACAAACUCUUGAGUGGGACAGUCGCAUUCCACCAGCCGGAGACGAGAUGUUGUUAUUGCCUGGCCGAGUUUUCGCAUACGUUUUACGAACUCGGAAAUGGGCUUGUUUACCACUUGGACGGGGAGACACUGAUCUUGAGGAGAGCUCUUUGACUACCAUGGAGUCUGAACCAUCCGCAUGGGACAAUCUCCAGAUUGACUACAACCAUCGGUCGAUCAUCCAGUCUAUGAUGGCUACGCACUUCCGUAAGAAAAAGUCAGAAAGGCGCCAGUUCGAUCUCAUCCAAGACAAGGGGAAAGGACUUAUCGUUCUGUUGCAUGGCGUUCCUGGGGUGGAAACCGUUGCCCAAUAUUACAACAAGCCGUUGUUGCCCAUCACUUGUGGUGACCUUGGCAUGACGCCUGCAGAGGUUGAGUCUAAUCUUCAGUCUUCUUUUCAGUUAGCUCAAGCUUGGGACUGUGUUCUUCUCCUUGAUGAAGCCGAUGUGUUUUUGGCUGAGCGGAGCCAGGACAACAUUGCGCGCAACGCACUUGUGUCUGUGUUUCUUCGAGUCAUGGAGUACUACGAAGGAAUUCUGUUUCUGACCACGAACAAGGUUGGCUCGUUCGACGAAGCUUUCAAGUCCCGCAUGUCCCUCGCGCUGUACUACCCUCCCCUGACCCAGGACCAGACCGAGAAGAUCUGGGAAGUACAGAUGCGGCGGACCGAGAAACUUUCAAAAGAGGCUGCCCCCGACGACGAAUCACAACACGUGAAAUUCAACCGCCUCGACAUCCUGGCGCUUGCUAAGGAGCUUUGGAUGAUGCAACAGUCACGCGCGGACUGGAAGCCCGUGUGGAAUGGACGUCAGAUCCGGAAUGCGUUCCAAACGGCGGUUGCACUGGCUGAGUGGCACCAGCAAGACAAGAACAUCGCUGGUCCCAUCGAUGUAAAGCGCGAGCACUUUGAGAAGGUAGCAUUUGUCUCAAACGAGUUCAACGCCUACCUCUACACGGUCAAGCAUGGUCGCACGGAUGAGAAUUUAAGUCUCAGAAACCAGCAUCGAGCAGAUCAGUUCGAUCGAUCGUCCCAGAUUCCUUGGGGCGGUCUAGGAUUUGCACCGCAGCAGCAGUACCCGCAGUUUCAACAGCAGCAACAAGGACUUGGCGGAUGGGGUAAUCUGCAAAACUCCAAUGUCAUGGGCGGCGGUGGCCAGGGAGGGAUGACGAUGGGGGUCCAGGGCCUCGGGAACAAUAACUUCCAAGCCCAGACCGGCUUCGGAAAUCCCUUGCAGUCAGGCUUCGGGGCUACGGGCAACCAAGUCACUGCAGGUGCGGGAAUGGCCAGUGGAGGUUUGAACAACACAGGCGUGGGCAACUCUGGUAUGAACAACUACACCAUUGGAGGCCAAGGUGUUGGUAAUUCAGUCAUGGGCAAUCAAGGCAUGGGCAAUCAAGGCAUGGGCAACCAGGCUAUGGGAACCCAAGGUGUGGGAAACCAAAGCAUGGGUUCUGGGAUGCAGACUGGUUCUAUCAAUCCCCAAGGCAUGUCUGGUCAGAACAUUCCCCGGCAGAUGAUGGGCCAACAGCGGUAA